AAAUCAAAUUUACUCUGACUGCAUCAGCAUCAGGUAUUGGAAGCUCCAAAAUGUUGUUUUUCAGUUUUGACAUUGUUUAAAGAUGCCUCGUCCUUUGUUUCAAAGAAAUGGUUGCUGGGACCCUUUUCAGGAGAAGACCCAAAACCUUUUCAACCAAACAAACGACCUCCCCAAUUUCCUCGAACCAGAUGAGGUUAGCUGGAUAGAAUCAGCAAGGAAAAGAUUGGGGACAUCGACCUGGCCAGGAUCUAUGCGUUUACCUCUCCUCAGCUCUUUGUGCAUGGAGGUUCCACCUAAAUCAUGUACUGGAUCAGAAGGAUGCAAUUCUGAAUCUGUGUGUGAACAAACGAAAGGACAGCAAAACUGGAAAAUCUGUCUAGAUGUCAGUCCAUUUUCUCCAGAGGAGAUAAACAUCAAAACCAAGGAGGGAUAUUUGGAGAUUACAGGUAAUCACGAGGAAAGGCAGGAGCAUCACAGAUGGAUCUCAAGAAGCUUUACAAGAAAAUACAAGCUUCCGGCUGACUUAGACCUAACACAGAUCAGCUCCAUGCUGUCUUCAGAUGGUAUUCUCUCAGUCGAGGCCUCAUUACCUGGCUCUAAUAUCAGUCUCCCCGGAGAGAUUGUCAUCCCUAUUCACAUGAUGGACAAACAGUUAUCUGCAAAAUCAGACGGGCAAUGCAUAACCAGUAACUUAUAGACCUAGUUACUGGUUAGGCACAGCCCGUCUUACUUAAUAUGUAUAUGUGAAUAUAUGUGUGUUAAAAGUAAUGAAUGUGUUUUCAUAACUUUUUAUGUUUGAUGGCUAACAUUAGAAGCAUUUGUAAAUACUGGCUUUGCAAGGGAAUAUUUAUCAUAUUGUAGCAUGUUCAAGCAUGUUGUGUUAUAGAUAACAAUGUGCUUAAUGUUAGUGUUGCACUGUGUUCAUUUUUGUGUUGCGAACUGUUAUUGGAUGUUCGAGUUGGAUGUGAAAAGAGGCUCCGCCCCUGUGUGUGUGUAAGGGGAAAGAGAGGGAAGGAGGGGGGAGAAAGGGUGCCUCGCUGGUUCAAGUGCGGUUCUCUUAGAAGUCGGGGUGUGUACGGCGUGGGUUGUGGCCGACAACAGCCCAAAUAAACACCCCGUGUACAUCGAAACGCCUCGUCCUUGUCGGAGAACGUUACAAUAUUAUGAACCAUUACCAAAAGACUACAGCGACAGUAAUAUGCUUAAUAGAUCAGUUCGGCUGUUACUUUGGUUUAAAAACAAUUAUGCAAUACAUAAUUUGUGCUGUAUAAGAAUACGUCUAAGAUGAUCACUCCUAUGUAACCAGCAAGUACUGACUGACUAAGGGGAGAUUAGAUUUUCCAGCUCGCUCUUUCUCACUUUUUCAGGCUACAGUUUAAAUAAAGAAAAAAAAAGUCAAAAAAGAAAAAAAGAAAGUGGGGCUAGACUCAUACUGGGGAUUGUAUUGUAUAAUGC